CCUACGGAGGCAGGGCGAUGCGGACAGCGGCCAUGCGGUCUCUGGGUGCUCUGCUGGCGGUGCUGGGCUGCGCGGCGGCGUUCGGGCCGGCGGGGCGGCUCGAGCUGGAGGACCCGCUCGACUCCACCGACGCGGCCGACUGGGCCGAGCCGCGCCCGCAGGACAUGUGGCCGUCGCACGAACGCGACUGGACGCCGACGCCGACCGUGCAGCUGACGGACGGCAACGUCACCGGCGCCGUGCUCGCCAUCGGAGGCGGUCGCAACACGUUCGCCUACGAGGGCGUGCCGUUCGCCGAGCCCCCCGUUGGUGACCUUCGGUUCCGGUACCCGGUGAAGAAUCAGCCGUAUGGGGCGCUGAACGCCACCUUCCCGCCGCCCGCGUGCGCCCAGUCUGGGAUUCAGGGUCCCGGCAGUGAGGACUGCCUCUACCUGAGCGUCUUCACCACAAAGCUCCCGAACGCCACCCACAACCCCAUGAUGCCAGUGAUGGUGUUCAUCUAUGGCGGUGCCUUCACAAGCGGAGGCUCUUCGCUGUACUACCCCAACAGGCUGCAGAAGAACAAGGACGUGGUGCUGGUCGUGCCGCACUACCGCCUCGGCGUCAUAGGGUUCUUCACCACGCUGACGGACGACGCGCCGGGGAACGCGGGCCUGAUGGACCAGGUGAUGGCGCUGCAGUGGGUGCAGGACAACAUCAAGCAGUUCGGCGGCGACCCCGGGCGUGUCACGGUGUUCGGCGAGAGUGCCGGCGGCGCCAGCGUGUCGCUGCUGCUCGCGUCCCCGCUUGCUGCCGGUCUGUUUCAUCAGGCCAUCGCCGAGUCUGGCUCAGCGCUCGCCGACUGGGCGUACAACGACAACCCGCUGCUGACAAGCGAACAGAUGGCCGACCGGAUCAACUGCACCUUCCGGCCCUUCGACCAGCUGCUGCAGUGCAUGCGAAAUGUUCCCGCCAAGGACCUGGUGCAGCUCACCGACGACUUCACGAGCGCUGAACGACUGGUGGCGCGCAACGGCUUCGACGGAGUGAACCCGGUAGUCCAGCCAUCGACGUUAACCGUGCCGGUCCUGCUGCCCAAAGACCCGCUCGCGAUAUUCGAGGAGGGUACUUACAACAAGGUGCCCACUAUGCAGGGCUGCAACAAGAACGAGGGCUCAUUUGUGUUCGGACUUAUGUACAACGAGUACCUGAAGGUAAAUAACCUCACCGACGACACCGACUUCCUGAAGAAUGACUGCGUCAGAAAGAUGCUAACAGCCUUCCACGUCCUGGACCCCACCGAUGGAGUAACAAAAUCCAUGAUUGAUCAAUACUUCUACUACGUGGAUAACUGGGACAUCAACACCAUGUACCCCGGUUUGGAGGAUCUGACCGGGCUGUUCGGUAUGAAGGCGGGCGCCAAGAAGCAGGCCGACAUGCUGGCCAGGGACGGCGUGGACUCGUGGCUGUACUCGUUCGAGUACCGCGGCCAGAAGCAGCAUACCAUGGCGCGGCUCUUCUUCAUCGGCAAUAAGAAGCUUCCGUUCGACACAGGGGUGACUCACGCCAACGAGCUCAUCUACCUCUUCCCCAUCCCGCUGAUGUCGACGCUGAACGCUGAGGAGACGCAAGUCAGCGACACGAUGGUGGAGAUGUGGACCAACUUCGCCUUUGAAGGGAACCCGACACCGCCCGGCUCUGGCCUCACGCACUGGCCGCCCGUCAGUGAGCACGGCUCCUACCUCCAAAUCACCAGCACGCCCACCGUCAAGCACGACUACAGCCAGACCUUCAUCAUCAGCGUGCAGGAUUACAUCAACUCGACCGUCACCACAACGUCGCCGCCGUCCACCACGCCAUCGGCGUCCACCACGCCGUCCGCGACCACCACGCCGUCCGCGUCCACCACGCCGUCAGCGACCACCACGCCCCCGGCUCCUACCACCACAGGCGAGCCCACCACGAGCACAGAGUCCAACUGCCAGGAGCGUCUGGACAGCCUGGCCGACGAGCGUGACACGUUCCGCGGCGCCACCAUCGGGCUGGCGGCGGUGGCCGGCGUGGCGGCGCUGCUCGCGCUGCUCAUCGCCGCCGUGUUCGUCUCGCGCUCGCGGGCUCGCCUCGGGGCGCGCACGGGCUCCAGAGAGAAUGUCGUCACGUGAGGAGCCGGUCGGCGGCCGCGAGAGCGCGCGCCGCUGGCGCUGAUGACAGGCGGCUCCGGCCAGCUGACGACGCGGGCGCCACAAUCGGAGGGCGGCUGGCCAGCCGAUCGUCCUAUCGGCGGAGCCGGGCCUGUCCAGACCGCAGGAGCAGGAACGGUGCCUGAGUCCGUGCUUGCGGGGCAAGAUAGUGCUGAUUAGGCGACGGGACAGUCAACGUCUCGCGCCGCUUUGAGGUUUAACGUACCCACUUCUGCCAGUGCAAACCGACUUGCCGCACGAUCGCGAAGCAUCGGACAGCGUCCCUGGGGUCGAUGCUCCAUGCUAGCUGGUGGCAGGACGGCGGCGAUGGAGCCCGACAUCAAUUGCACAACUCCCUGCGGCAUAAUGUCAACUCACAAUGUCAACUCAUUGAUUCCGACUAAGAUGUGACUCGUGGAGCUCGCGAGCGAGCUGGACUGAGCCGAACGCCAGGAGCGUGAACAGUCGACGAAGACCUGAACAACCACCGAAACCAACUGUGACCGAGAGACCGUGAAUAUACCAUGGCAGAAUAUU